GAGAGCCCGAGUGGGUGGAGGGAGGGGAAGGGCGGGAGAGGAAAAAGGUGGGAGGAGAGCCAGGUGGGAGGGUGGCGACUCACUCAGGACCCAGUGGGGGCAGCGCGAUGAGGCGGGUGACCCUGUUCCUUAACGGCAGCCCCAAGAACGGAAAGGUGGUCGCUGUAUAUGGAACUUUAUCUGAUUUGCUUUCUGUGGCCAGCAGUAAACUCGGCAUAAAAGCCACCAGUGUGUAUAAUGGGAAAGGUGGACUGAUUGAUGAUAUUGCUUUGAUCAGGGAUGAUGAUGUUUUGUUUGUGUGUGAAGGAGAACCAUUUAUUGAUCCUCAGACAGAUUCUAAACUACCUGAAGGGUUGUCAGGAUCACACACAGACUGGCUAACAUUAAAUGUUGGAGGGCGGUACUUUACAACUACACGGAGCACUUUAGUGAAUAAAGAACCCGACAGUAUGCUGGCCCACAUGUUUAAGGACAAAGGAGUCUGGGGAAAUAAGCAAGAUCAUAGAGGAGCGUUUUUAAUUGACCGAAGUCCUGAGUACUUUGAACCCAUUCUGAACUAUUUGCGUCAUGGACAGCUCAUUGUAAAUGAUGGCAUUAAUUUAUUGGGUGUGUUAGAAGAAGCCAGAUUUUUUGGUAUUGACUCAUUGAUUGAACACCUAGAAGUGGCAAUAAAGAAUUCUCAACCACCAGAGGAUCAUUCACCAAUAUCUCGAAAGGAAUUUGUCCGAUUUCUGCUAGCUACUCCAACCAAAUCAGAAUUGCGUUGCCAGGGUUUAAACUUCAGUGGUGCUGAUCUUUCUCGUUUGGACCUUCGAUACAUUAACUUCAAAAUGGCCAAUCUAAGCCGCUGCAAUCUUGCACAUGCCAACCUCUGCUGCGCGAAUCUGGAGCGAGCUGAUCUCUCUGGAUCAGUGCUUGACUGUGCAAAUCUCCAGGGAGUCAAGAUGCUCUGUUCUAAUGCAGAAGGAGCAUCCCUGAAACUGUGUAACUUCGAAGAUCCUUCUGGUCUGAAAGCCAAUUUAGAAGGUGCUAAUCUGAAAGGCGUGGAUAUGGAAGGAAGUCAGAUGACGGGAAUUAACCUGAGGGUUGCUACCUUAAAAAAUGCAAAGUUGAAGAACUGCAACCUCAGAGGGGCAACUCUGGCAGGAACUGAUUUAGAGAAUUGCGAUCUGUCUGGGUGUGAUCUUCAAGAAGCGAACCUGAGAGGUUCCAACGUGAAGGGAGCUAUAUUUGAAGAGAUGCUGACCCCACUACAUAUGUCACAGAGUGUCAGAUGAGAAUCCUAGGGCUGGAGGAAGAUGCCCAAGAUGAAAAAUGUUUUCCUUAUCACUCUACUUUCUCCACCCACUCAGCUGUCUCAAAGAAAUAACUCUGUAAGGAAAAAAACAAAACAAAAAAAUACGUUCAGAGGAUUAUGCUUGUUCUCAGCAGUGCAUAAGGGAAAAAAGUGACCUUUUUUCCACGUUCUGUUUUUAACAGAAAAGCACUCACUUAAUAUGUAGGAAGGCUAGGUUAGAUUACUGCCUUUUGAGUGGAAUCGGGGAUUGGCCUGGCUUUAUGACCAGGAAUAGUAUCUCUUAUAUUUGCUUUUAAAUAGACAUGAUGUGGAAAUACCAUCUUGGUUUGAAAUGCAUUAAGGAUUUUAAUUUAUGAAAAGCACAACAUAUGCAAUUAUAUUUAUUGACUCUCUAGAUGCAGGAAUGGAUGUUUAAACUGUCAAACUUUCGGACAAUUUGGAAAAGGAUGAUCAGGUUUAGAAAUAGCUUUAGUGAUGCCCCCCCUUUAAGUACCUGUCACGUCACGCCAAUAUGGUGAGAUCACACUCCCCAAGGCUUUCUUUUCAGGUUCAUUUUUCUAAAGUUUAUUUUUUUAGAACAAAACAGUAGCUAAAUUAAAGAAAUCCUCCAUUCUUACUGACUGAGACAGAAUGGAAGGAAAGCUGUCAGCUGAAGUCACAGUGGAAUUCUCCAGAUGGAGGGAGAAUUUACCUAUAGCUACAACUUUUAAAUGAGCAUUCCUUAGAAUUUCAUUCUAAGCAAGUUCCGCUCAAGGCCAGACCAGGCAAUUUUAUCUAUUUACACUACUAAGCUAGUUCCUCCUUACUGUCAAAACAAACAUAGCAAGAUACUUCAAAACCAAAAAACCAAGGUGUAUUAUUAAUAUUCAUUUAAUUCAAAUGCCAAAAAGUAUAAACAGGGCCAGCUUAGAAAUGACUAUUAAAUCCCGAUCCACUGUAAUCAAAGCUAUAAAAUAUGAAGGAAGAUGGCAAAACUGUCUUUUAAAAGUCAACAUAAUAGAAUUGCAGCUACAACCCUCCAACGGAGAAUGAGAGGAUUUUAAACUGACAGUUUGAUUCUAGCCACCAAAAAACUUAAAUAGAAAUAAAGGCAUUUGGCUGCUCCAAGAUGUGACACCAGUCAGCACUUGUGGUCCUUUUACUUAUGGUUUCUGGUUUUGUCUUAAUAAAUUUUAGCCCGAUCUUCUUGAGUUGUCAUCUCUCUGCAGCAGCAGAGGUAGGGCCUGUCCUUCCUUACCAGUAACCCGUGUCCUUUUGUCUACCCCAACAGCAGGGAUAUAAGCUGUGUCCAAAUGGGUUCUGAAGUCUACAGACUCAUCAAUUAAGGCAAUGAAUCAUUCAAACCGCUUUGUCUCCUAUGGGAGAAUGACAUGUCUUCAGUAUUUACGUAGCUUAUUCUUCUAUACAUAUGCAAAGCUUUCCUUAACAGUGAAGGGUACACAAGCCUAGUGAGAGAUUAGACCUUUACAGGUGAAGGAAAGCAACUUCAGAAGUGAAUUAUUUUCUUUGCUUUAUUAUUUUUAUCAAGACAGAGAAGUAUUGUAUUGAGAGAUAUCUAUUUUCAUAAUCAAAUGUGCCUAAAUUAUAUUUAAGUCAUUUCACUCUGUACUAUAUUUUCAAUAAUUAUAGAAUGUGUUGUUCAUCCACUUAAGGGUACCCCUGUAGACAUAACCUCAAACUGCAGAAGAAUCUGAAAGAUCUACACAUGAUAUGCUUAGAAAGUGCAGAUUUGGGGUCUAAUGUGUACUGCAUUAAUAAACGAUGUGACACGUUGA